AUGAAUUCGCAAUACCGAACCUCGCUGCAACAGCAGCAACGAGUUAAAAAGAAGGAAGAAGAUCCUGCCGAUUUCAUGCGAUUGUCUGAGAAAGAGAUCGCGUCAUGUAUCAGCGAAAUGGGCAUUCCAUUCCAACCUUCCGACAUCUUGAGACCCAACCCGCAAGUGAUUCAGAUGGUGUUCGAGCACCUGGGUGAACUGGUGAUGAAUGCAACCAGAGACACCCUUGAUCCUGCCUUGCGCGCUGCCGCCGAAGACGUUUGCUCCGAGUUUCCUGAACUAGUACCGGUGGAGACGAGGCUGCUUAUGGGCUUCUUCGUCCAACUGCGAACCAUGCUCGAGCAGUGCGGAAUCCAUGAUUUCUCGUUCAACGACCUUGUUCGUCCGACCCACGAUCGACUGGUCAAGAUCCUAUCAUACACCAUCAACUUCAUUCGAUUCCGGGAGACGCAUACGAGCGUAAUAGAUGAAAACUUCAACAAAGCAGAGACCACAAAGGCCAGGAUCGAGACGCUGUAUGUUGAGAAUCAGGAUAUGGAGCAGAGGCUGGAAGAGAUGAAGCGCAACAGAAAAGCGAUGGAGGUUGCCGUCAAGGAGAAGAUGCGACGAAACGAUGAAUUGAAAGCACGGCUACUGGAGCUUCGAAAAGGCCAGGAAAGAGUGGCGGAGCACCUGGAACGCGCCAAAGCCGACAAGUCACGCUCCCAGGCACUAUUGGAGGACAAGACCGAGAGAUUGAUACGGGCGCGGCAAGAGAGUGAGAAGUUGAGGCCGUACGUUCUGCAGAGUCCGGCGGCCUUACAGAGCACUUUGACGGAACUCUCCGACAAUCUUGUACGGGAGAAGGCCCAAAUCGACGCGUUGGAGCGGAGGUGCCGUGCUCUCCAGACAUCAGGGGAUAGUUUUACGGUUGUUCAAAAUGAUGUGCAGGCGUGUGUUAAAGUACUCGAGGAGAUCGCAGUGGAGCUUCAGAAAGAGGAGGAGGAAGACGCUCGAGCGGCAAAGAAUCGCGAUGCUCUAGCAGAGCGUGGAAACAAUGUGCGCGAAGUGGAACAGAACGAGAAGCUGCUCCAAAGGCAGUUGAAGAAGUGGGAAGAACGCAUCGAGGAGUUACGCCGGAAGCACAGAGAUCGAGAUGAAAGAAACAAGACCAAAAUGGACGAACUGAGAGAGAUCCAGCGGCAGCUCCGAGAUCAAAGGGCUGACAGGGGUCGGGAGAUGGAAAGGAGGAAGGUGAGGAUCGAGCAGACCGAGAAGAAGAUGGCCGAUCUCAAGGAUAACAUUGAACAGGAGGUACACUCGGCGCACGAGGAGUAUCUCAAGCUUGAGUCCCACAUCAAGCUGUACAUCACAGAAAUGGAGCAAAGCAUGUGA